AUGCACCAGCAGCCUCCAUCCUCACUUGCUUCGACCUCCAUCCUCUGUUCCUCCCUCAAGACUGGCGACCCCCAGCCCUCCGUCCAGCUCGACGUCGCCCCGCUGUCCGACCCCAGCCCUCCGACCCCCAGCCCCAGCCCUCCGACCCCCAGCCCCAGCCCUCGCCUUCCGACCCCCAGCCCUCCGUCCCUCACGACGAGUCACGACCGCCGCCUCCACCUCGACGUCGCCCCGCCGCCCUCCUUCUCCUCGCCCCGUCGCCGCCUACACCUCGACGUCGCCCCGCCGCCCUCCUUCUCGUCGCAACAGCUCGUCCGUCGGCCGUCGCCCAUUUUGAAGCCGCACCAGCAGGCCAGCUCGUCCGUCGAAUUAAUGGCGAGACCUCCGGCUCCACGUGGUGGACGUGGUGGACGAGGUGCACCAUCCGCUGAGACUGCUUCUCGUGGUGGGAGACCUCCGGCCCCUCGAGGUCGUGGUGGUGCGGGUGCCUCAGCCCCUCCUACUCAGAAUCGGGGUCGUGGUGGACGUACAGGGAGUCGGCCUGUUCAGUCUGCUGAACCGUCGGCAUCGGCAUCAAUUGCAUCGACUCCCGCCCAUGCCGGUAGUGGAAGUACACCUGCUACUGAGCCUCCUUCAGCAGAAACGGUUAAUCCGGCUCCAAAUAAAGCUCCUGUAGAUCCCUUCAAUCUAGGGAAAUGGUUGGAGACAGCAGGUACAGCUGAUUGCUGGAAGGACUUUACGAGGGUGGCGGAAAAUGAAUAUCCGUUUGGAGAGUGCAAGCAUUGUCACACUAGGAUCAAAGCACAUCCAUCCAAGAACGGCACUUCUGCAAUGAAUACCCAUCGGCUCAAAUGUUUGGCUAAGGUUGCAGCAUCCAAGGAUCAGACUGUUCUGAACUUGCAGGCCGCAGAUGGUAGUCAAACAAUCCAUCAUUAUGUUGCUCUCUCGCUCUCUUCUUUCUACCUCGACUCAGCCUGCAAGGACUCUAGAGCCACCUUCGCGGAUCCUUCUCUCUGUCAAACUCCAUCAAUUCAUUCGCUCUGCUGCGCUCCUGAUCGAGGGAAGAACUUCGAGACACAGUCGCUGUUCCGCCGGCUGCCUCAUGGUGAAGAAGACGAUAUGAAGACCUGCCAGGUAAGCGACGAGUAAAUCGGAGUUCAUGGUGGUUGUUGUGGCAAGUGAUUGACGGAGA